AUGGACAAAAGCAAAAUUUCCUUCGCAGUGGGUCUCGGUAUCGCCAUCCUCUUCCUCAUUGUGGCCGUGUCGAUAUCAGGAUGGGACUGUGGCACCGUGCUUGGCACCUGUCAGGAGGGCAGCAUUUUCCCUGAGAAAUAUAAGGCUAUCUAUAAGACUCUGGGAGGACUCCUGGUCAGCGCCAUCUUGAUAAACCUUGUCGCCCUCGCAAUUGUCAUCGCCGGCUGCAUAACCUCGCAAUCAUGGGUCACGCCAGCCGCCCUAGGACUGACUUGGCUUGGAGGCAUCCUUGCUUUAGCUGCAGUUGCAUACUAUUAUGAUCAGAUGACGGAAAUCUACUCUCCUAUGCUGGCUGUCAUCGGAAUGACCUGCACGUUGGCCAUGGCGAUCAGUAAUAGCCUUUCGAUGAUACAUGAACGAGCAGAUUAA